GGCCGGAGGUGCCUCCAUAUCUCCGUUUCGUGGGCUCCAUCGCCAUCAAGCCCUUAACGGAGGAGUUAGUGCAACGCUUCUGUGAGGACAUUUGGCGGGACAAGACGAAGCAUGUGAUGCACGAGGAGCUCAGUGGUCGUCCACAGAUGCCGUUGGACCUUUUCAUCAACGAGAAGUUCCUGCCCACACGUGCCAAUGGGAGACCACAACAGAUGGAACUGAUCUACAACUUCCUCCUGCCACUGAGGCAGUCGACCACGUUGAAGGACAACAACCCCGAGACGAGCCCAGGCGAGCGGCUCCUUUCGGCCACCAGCCCGGCUUCGAUGCAGAAGCGCCACAGCCGGGCGGGCACCCGACGACGACGGAGCUCAGCGGGCAGAAGGCCUUCGGAAAUGAUCGAGCAGAUUGAGGUUUGCCCCUCCUGUGGCAACAUCUAUGCGCCGGAUGCGAUCUUCUGCCGCAUUUGCAGGACGAAGAGGCCGAAUGCUGCGGAGGAGACGAAUGAGGUCGAGCUGCAGGUCUGCUCCUGUGGGAAUGUCUUCAUGCAGGAUGCCGUCUUCUGCCGGAGGUGCGGAGCUGAACGACCCAAAGUGGACGCGGCAGAGGCGCAAACAGAAAGGAAGAACAAAGCACAGGAUUUGCUGCAAUUGAGCUUCAACCCAUGCUCUGAGAUCCUCUACAGAGGCUUGCUGCGAGAGCUGCAUGAGGACACCUUUCACGAUGGGACCGCCAUGCUGGUGAACCUGUGUUUAUGCCUUCAUGCUUUGCAGCAUCGCUUCAGGUCCUCAGCUUCGCGCCUCAUCGAGGAUGAGGAGGAGCUCUCUUUGGAGAUGAAUGUCUCGGUUUUGAGUGCUGUGCUGCGGCUGUUCUUCCCUCGGAAGCCCAGGGAGCACUUGACGGCCUUGAAGAGCAUGUUGCACAGUCGAGCGCAGUUGCACGCCGUACGGACCAGGGACAAACUGACGAAAUCGACCUCCCCCGGCGCGGUGCAGUUUCAGGGCGAGGAGCCGGUGGACUUGCCGCCCAGCGUGUCCCUCAAGGAGGUUCUGGGACUCCCGCCUAUCGAUGCUUCUGGGCAUCUUCUCGGAGCGAAGCAGCUCAUGGAGAACCUUUUGAGGAGCCCGACGCCCUUCAUCAUGGAGCUUCGCCGACAACACCUCCUGGAGUGCAUUUUGUCCAUGGACAAGUUGCAGCGUGCCCUGCGCGUGAAACGCCCUGGAGGAGCUGGCAAUGAUGAGCCAGUGCAGAUGGCGGCCAAAGAGAUCCUGGACGCCUUGGGCAAAGCGGAUUGGGACUUGACCCCUGCUCAGCGCCAUGUCUACCUCCUCCGUGGCUUUGGAAAGCGCUUGCCGGACAUGCCCGCAACUACGGAGAUGGACCUGGGCAAUGAGGCUCUUCAUACGGCGGUGCGGUGCACCAAGGUCCGACGGAUGUUACAGGACUAUGCACAGGAGUUGGUGGAGAGUGGUACGCAGGUGGUUGUGGAGGAUUUCCUGAAGAACCUGCAGUUGUCGGGCGUGGUGAAAGGAGGAAAGCAUUGGGAAGCCGAGCUCUCCUUGGAGGACGUCGCGCGAGAGUCUGGGAUCAGUGCCAUGAUCGUGACCGCACCAGGGAAGCCGAUCAUGGACGAACUCAUGUCUGCCCACAUCGCUUCGGGCACUGCUCAGGAAGAGGGCACUCAAAGACUCUCUUCGCAUGAGGGUCGCGCCAUCUCCAAGCUCCAACCGAGCAAAAGUUUGCCGCCCAUCCCACCGGAGGGCAGUGAGCCCUUCGAGAAGUACGCCUUCUUGGCGGAGGCUGGUCACUCCGUUCAAGAGUUGAGCCUGGGCUAUGCAGCACUCCACUUGUCCUUCUGAGUGCACAGUCGCGUAUAAGACGCCCGUGGCACGGCUUUCGGCACGGCGGUGCGGCGGUGAUGAAGCGGCUGCAGUGUUUGGUC